AUGUCGGACCCCACCCACCACCACCCAGCCUUGAGAAUCACCAUCCCCCACGCAAACUCGAGCCGCAGGCGCGCUCCUCGUUCCGCUCAUCCUCAUCCUCAUCCUCCUCGUUCUCCUCGUUCUUAUCCUCAUCCUCGUCCUCCCCACCCCUUCCUCUCCGCCCGUCCCCCCCGCCCCGCUCACUCCCCCCGCUCCCCCACCACCCGCCUCUCCCUCCUCACCCUCCAAGCCCACAUCUCCACCGCCCUCGCCAUCGCUGCUCCCCCGGCCACCCCUCCGCCGUCUGUGACGGUCACCUUCACCACCCACGCCACUCUCUGCCACCACUCGGUAACCAUCACCUGCCCCGCCGACGCCGCGUCGACGACGCCCAUCCCCGACCACUGCGCGCAGUGCACCCUGCACCGCGCCACGCGCGCCGCUAAGCGCACUUGGAUAGCUGCGCAGGACUUGUUCGGCGCGCUGCACUGGCGCACUGCGGCUGCGAGGAGGGAGUAUUGUAAGGCGAGGGCGAGGGAGGCGGAGGGGGUGGAUGGGGGGGAUGAUGAGCCGGCUGAUCAGGGGAGGAGCGGUGGGGCGAGGAAGACGGGCAAGACGGUGGCGUUUGCGGAUGAUGUGGUCGAGGGGUCGGGAAGGCCGACGGGGGCGUUUGCGCGCGGGAGGAGGGCGUCGUAUGUCCCCGGUAGGUAUGCGGGGGAUUGGGUUGAUACGUCGGGGAAGGGGGUGACGUUUACUGUGUUUUAUAGGGGGAAUGAGACGGAGGAGUAA